AUGUCAAUUCUUGCAAACUGGGGUGCUAUUUCCGAGCUCGUUUUACCACCUGUUUGUACAUUUUUGACAAAUGAAGUUGCCAAAAAGAUAGAACUGUUAACAUCUUCUCCUCCUUCGUUCAUUGAGGGGUCUCUCCAGACUGUUCCAAAUUUUUCCUCUUUUGAUGUUACGUUUCGCUCUAUUAAGCUUAUUCCUCCAAAUAAAGGAGAAGAAAAAAGAUCCUCGUGUAAAAAAAGUUUGACAGAAUCUCUAUUAUUAACAGAUAACGAAAAUGUCGCUGAUAAAAACCGAGAAUUUUUUGGUAGCGCAAUAAACAUUUUAGACAUUGAGGCCCCGGAUCUUAUUUUUUUUAAUGAACUACCAGAAGACGAAAAAAAGCUUUUAUUUUGUAUGGAAGAUACUGCGGUCUAUAUAUAUAGUCCAGCCAUAAAACAAAGAAACGCUUCAUCUGCAUCUGAGUCAAAAAUGGAAGGAUCAAGAAGAACCCCAUACUACGGCAAGCUAUUAAAUGAAUGGCAUCGGUCUACUACGAAAAAUGGUUCAUUAUCUAAAUUAUCUUCAGCAAUUCAGGGAUGGUCCCUUUCUAAAUUUUCAAAACCCUUACUGGAGAAAGACCUUGAGCGAUCACAACUCUUGCCCAGCGCAUCAAGAUACUCUUCACCUCUUGAUUUUCAAAUUGAUAUCAAAAUAGAGCUUGAAAUCGAAUGCGAAAUCAUCGCCAAGGGAAGUCCAUCUAUUGAUAUCCCGGGGUUUGGAAUACCGUCUAUAGUUUCUCUUGCCAUUGAGGAGAGAUUAACAGGGGUUUUGGUCGACAUUCCACUUAGAAUUGCAGUAAUAGGAAUAGAAGAGGCCAUGAAAGCCACAGAAUGCAUGAAUUUGAGCUUAUUUGUAUCCACCCUUAAGCACGCUGAAGGGCAGCCGAUAACUCUAAAUGAGGAAUCUCUUGUCGAAAGUGCUAAAGGAAUUGUUUUCAUUGAUGACGAAAAUACCGAUGGUACAAAUAUCUCCCCACAGCAAUUAAUAUUUUUGAAGAGCGGGGAAGACCCUGGAGGUUGGGCUAAUUUUUCCUUCUUUGAGAGAAAAUCGCCAAAUGUUUUGAGAUCAUAUGGCAGAAAACUGGUGUUAGAAAGACAUAAAUCUGCCCAAGAAAGGGCAUUAGCAGAGCCUGAGCUCCUGGAGUCCAACACGUCUCAGGGAGAUUCUUUUGAUCCUAUUUAUCCUCAAUUCUUGAUGGAAGCUCCUACUCCAAUUAGAGUUGAUCGACCAUCAAUAAUUAGGAGCUAUGCUAGAAAAUCGACAAUUGGAAAUGCGUAUCGCCUGCUACACGCAGAAAAAAGUGAUUCCGAAGGCUAUGAUAGUAAAGCACCAAUUAUGGUAGACAAUAAUGAGGAAAUUGAAGCUAAUGACGAUCAUGCCGUUGAAGCUGGUAAUAUUCCACAGUUAACCAGCGAUGUUGCAUCACUUGUUACGUUGGAACAAACAUCCUCAAAGAUGGAUUUUCCGGUUGUUUUAGAAAACGUUCGGUCAGACUACUACUCAGCAGAAUAUUGCAUUCUACCACCUCAACCACACAGCAUAACGCAACAUCAAUAUUCAACGAAUACCCUAAAUCCCUCGACUUGCCUGCUUUGUUUGCAACUAAAGGCGUUUGAGAGUUUUCUUCCCUGUGGAGAUUCUGUAUGCUACAGCUGCAUAUCUUCCAUUCGAGGUAAAUCGAUGCAAAUUUGCCCCGUUUGCUUGACUUCACUUCGAGAAUUUUUUAGAAAGCCAUUUGAUUUACCUGAGAAGCCGUCCCUAGUUGAGAAAAGCCAAAAGCGAACCGCAAUUCGGUCAAAGACACCGCUAAAACUCCCUGGAAAGAUUUCUUCCAAAACCAUCCCAACACAUUCAAAUAACCAUCUCCCGUAG